ACUUUUCAUUUGUGACAUCCGACCAUUUUUGGAUCAACGACAAUAACAGUCUCAUCUUGACAAAUACAGAAGGUGAAACUGAACAUCAUCUAACAGAUAGCAGUAGUCUUUGGGGAAUACACACAGUGAGCAUUUCCUGUGAUCUUAUUUAUAUCGAUAAGGAAAACAACAUAAGCAAGCUAUCUAAAGAUAAGGAAACAAAGUCUAUAAUGAUGAAGAAAACCGAUCCAUGGAUACCAUACUGUAUCUACUGCUCCCCCUCCAGUGGAGAUCUACUAGUCGGGAUGUAUAGAUUUGAUACAAAGAUAGGCAAGGUAACACGGCAUAACGGCGUGGGACAACACAUUCAGACAAUACAAUACAGCAAAACAAGUCAAGGACUGUAUAGUAGACCUAACUACAUCACAGAGAACCGCAAUGGAGAUGUUAUUGUGUCUAACAUUAUUGGCAUUUUUCAUGGUGAUGUAGUGGUGACAGACCACAGAGGAACAUAUCGCUUCUCUUACACAGGACCUCCAUCAGGAUCAGAACUAUGCCCAUACGGAAUCUGCACAGACGCGCUGUCGCACAUCCUUGUGUGUGAUUAUAACACCGACACAAUACAGUUGAUCGAUAAAGACGGUCAAUUCCUGACACUGAUACUGACAGAACUACAGGGGAUACACAGACCAGGGAGCCUGAGUUAUGAUGACAAAACUCACGCUCUCUGGGUAGGAUCAUUGAACAGCAAAAAAAUGCGUGUAUACAGAUACAUAGAGAGGCAGAACUAUCCGACCUGUUGUUCUAAUUAGUUUAUACAAUGCAUGUACAAAUUAACAAAAAUAUCUGAAAGGUAUUAUAAUUAAUGGUAGAGAACAUCAUUUGCCAGGUCAUUCUAAUUAAUUAAUUGCAUACAGUUUCAAAUCAAGUCAACUGAAUUAAUAUUUCUAACAUGCACAAACAGGAGGGAAAAGAACAAAUGUGAAAGCAUCCACAAACCCUUACAAUACAAGAAUUCAAAACAUACAAUUGGAGAAAAAAUCUCGAUGCUUUUAGAUAACUUAUCAAUUUGAGACUGGCUUGAACAAGUUAUAACUUUUUUCAUGCUAAUAAUACCCCCAUUAGGUUUGGAUGCAUACAGGUUAGAGAUACUUGAUAAAUAUUUACAUGAUGUUAAAAUUAUAUGAUGGAACUGAUUCAUCUCUUUGCUGCAAGAUGUUUACGGAUGCGAAAGUUUGGACAAGCGCAGUUGUUUUUAUUUCUGGGUAUCAUCAAAAAUCUUUACAUACCUUACUCCUCCUAACCAACCCGCAAGAGACACAGUCUACAGGCUGCAGUGUCGUAUGUUACUUGCAUUUCCAUCUACAUAUUGCUUUUAUUUAGGGGAAUUGCAGAAUAGAUGCAAUCAUAUUUUGUUUCUUUGAAGCUCUUAAAGAACUAAUUCUUAAUGAUUACUUUGGUACUUCUAUUAUGACAGGGAAUUGUGGUAGUGAAGGAAUUUCGGAAGAUUUUCUUGAUGAAGACUGUUCAGAUUUCAUCUCGAAUUUCCCCUGUUCUUUCAUGUAAGUCUGUAAAGCUCGCUGUGCU